AUGGAUGAUGCAUUGCCGGAUGAUGAUGUCGCUGAUGAUAUGGAGCCGAACAUCAUUGCUGAUGACAGUGGUAAUGACAUAGCAGCGGGUGGUCCAGCUGGGGUUGGCGGUGGUUCCAGCUCAGGGGCUCAACAGUACCCCCCGCACUUUUCAUCUCUGGACUUGGAUGCGAUGAGACAGGAGGGGGUUCUUGGGAAACCUAUUAGAUUUGAUGCUAGUGAUACCCAGGGUACCGGAGGUCUAUCAGAGUUUCAAGUUGGUCAGCGGUUUCAGGAUAAAGAGGAGGCUGUGUUAAGUGUGAAGACGGGUAUUUGGGAGGUAAAAUGGUAUAACGGUCCUCAUACUUGUCUAGCCACAUCGAUCUCGAGCGAUCACAGGAGUCUUGAUUAUCACGUGAUCUUGGCAUUCAUCAUGCCAAUGAUUAGAGCUGAUGCAUCCAUUUGUAUCAAGGUACUUCUGAAUGCGACAGAGGCACAUUUCAGGUUUAGGCCGGCUUAUAAGAGGGUUUGGUUGGCUAAGCAGAAGGCCAUGGCACAAAUUUACAGAGAUUGGGAUGAGUCAUACAACGAGCUGUCGCGGUGGGUGUUAGGUGUGCAGCUGACGAUGCCUGGUAGUGUUGCAGUGUUGAGGACGAGUGCUAUUCGUGUUGGUGGUCAGGUGGACGACUCGCAAGCCUAUUUUCAUCGACUUUUCUGGACAUUUCCACCGUUGCAUGCUCGAGUACAUCGGUAG